GAUGCCACUGUGGGUGUUCUUCUUCGUGAUCCUCACCCUCAGCAGUGGCUCUCACUGCUCCCUGCCCCCCUCCAUGCCCCUCAGGAUGCAGCGGUAUGCAGAUGCCAUCUUCACCAACAGUUACCGGAAGGUGCUGGGCCAGCUGUCUGCCCGCAAGCUGCUCCAGGACAUCAUGAGCAGGCAGCAGGGAGAGAGAAACCAGGAGCAAGGAGCAAAGGUACGAUUUGGUCGUCAGGUGGACAGCAUGUGGGUAGACCAAAAGCAGAUGGCGCUGGAGAGCAUCCUGAUGGCCCUGCUGCAGAAGCACAGGAAUUCCCAAGGAUGAAGACUCUGCCUGUGGUUUAGGUUACCUGGAGCCAAAACACAACUGGAUCCAGUUAAUCCUAUUUCAUUUCUGACCUACUUUUUCCUUUGUCAAUACAAUAAAAUUCCUCCAUACUGGUCUGCA